AACGCUGGCCGCCGCCGCCGACGGACGGACCCGCCGAGGCCCCCACGAGUUUUCCCUCCUCCGGGCCCGACUCGCACCCCCUCCGCUGGGCCCGUCAAGUUCGCGCAGCGGCGUAAACACGCAGGAUUCCGAUCGAUGCGUUUCUUGCGAUUCCCGCGGAGCGCAAACGCAAAAUUUUAGUGAAAAUUAGGCUCAUCAUUUUCGAGCUCGCUGACGACGAUAUCGACAGCAAAGCCGCAUGAGCUCUUUACGCCGCUGCUCUCUCCCGGGGUCGAUCUCCCUACCAUCGGACCCGCGUCGAAGACAUUCACCUCGAGGAGAGCCAACUCCCAGCCAGGUAUCGUUACCUGCGGCUAUGUUCCUCCCAACCCCGCUGCCGCCACCGCCGCCGCUGUUGCUGCUGCUGCUGCUGCGAGUCACUUUUACGCUCGUGGCGUCGGUCCGCGCGCGGUCAGUUCGCGUCGUAGUCGGCGCUGGUGGUAGCGCUCCUCCUGCGCUCACUCGUCGGCGUAUCAUCAACGCUAGGACUCUACCAUUUUGGCGAACACCUCGACGGGGAAAGUCGACGCGCGAGUAUCGUCUCUUUAUUGGAAGUGAAGGCGCCCCGACGCACCGGUGUCCUCGAACACCAGGACACGGUCAAGUGCGCCUCGAAUGGAUGAAUUUAAGCGUCGACUCGGCUUGCUCCUCGACACGCAACGCGUAUGCAGAUGUUAUGUCAAGUAGAGAUCGUUCGUGACAUCCUGUGAGAUACCGCGCCCCGGGGAAUGUGAUCGUGGGAACCGGAUGUAAUAUUGUACCUCAAGAUGAUUCCAUCCGAUUGCAUUCUGGACAUAUCGAACGUGUUUCAUUCCACCGCAGUGGUAAUCGAAGGAAGUUGCCUGAACAAAUCCGAGCCCACGGCGGUGCUCAGAGAUGUAUCAGCCCGCGUUCACGGCGGGGAAGUUUUAGCUAUUCUGGGAUCAAAGGGCUCCGGCAAGCGAGCACUCCUCGAUGUUAUCGCCGGAAGAGCAGAGGGUGAAACGAGAGGGAGGGUCACUCUGAAUGGCAACUUACUGACGCCGGAACUGUUCCGACGUCACGGCGGCUACGUAGCACAUAGAUGUCAUCUGUUGCCGAGCCUCACGGUCCGCCAGACCCUGACGUACGCCACGUGGCUCGCCAAUCUGAACAACCGCGAGGCCAGAGUACGGCAGACCCUGGCUGAUCUGGCGCUGUCGCAGGUGGCCAACAGAUCGGUGAACGAUCUCACCAGGCCGGAAUACCGGCGGUUGAUGUUGGGCGUGCAGCUGGCGAAAGAUCCGACUCUGCUACUGUUGGAUGAGCCGACCUGGGACACCGAUCCACUCAACACAUACCUCAUCGUUUCGAUGUUGUGGUCCUACGCCACUAGACGCGGCUCCAUCGUUGUGCUCACCAUGGAGACACCCAGGUCCGACGUGUUGCCCUUCGUUAGUCGCGUGACGCUGCUGUGCUUGGGAGCAGUAGUCUACUCCGGACCCACCAGGAGUAUGUUAGAUUACUUUACUUACAUUGGCUUCCCAUGCCCGGAACUGGAGAACCCGUUGAUGUAUUAUCUAUGCCUGUCGACGGUCGAUCGUCGCUCCAGAGAUCGCUUUCUGGAGUCUAAUCAGCAGAUAUCCGUCUUAGUUGAAAAGUUCAAGGUGGAUGGUAUGCUCUACAUGAAAGAAGCCCCGCAAGUGCCACAUAGCGUUAAAGAUACGGCCCUUGGCAUCAUGCACAAAGGAUUAGGUCGCGGAAUCAAGCCUGGUUGCUUCUCGACCCUUUUAGCGCUAUACUUGAGAGGUAUGGCCGCUACGUUCUCCUUUAAUAAAACCGGCCUAGGACACUUUGCUGCUCGCCUGCUGCUGUUACCGUUUCUAGUGGCCCUAAUGAGCAUACUGUACUCGCACUCAAGUCCCGUACAGUCGAGAAUAUUUUUACAGACCGGUGGUUUAAUCUUCAACGUCUUGACGUUAUUUUACGUAGCUGGAAUAGCCGCAACCUCGCUCUUGUUUCCAGGUUUUCGUGCGAGAUACUAUCAAGAGAAGCGGGAAGGUCUCUAUGGUGGCGCCAUGUUCUUGACAGCGUACACCCUGCUGAGUCUACCCAUGAGUUUCAUAUCGACUCUGAUAACAAUUGGCAUCUUGAUUCCCAUCCUAGAACUGGACAUCUCCUCGUGGGCUUAUGCCUGCGGUAUUUUGUGGUCCAGUUACGUGGCAGCCGAACAAGUAACCGUGGCUGUUCUUAUGGUGGUCGGACGACCUAUAACGGGGGCGAUCACGGUUUUGUAUAUGACCUUGCUAUCUCUAGUAAUCGCGUCAGGUGCCGUUCGCAGUCUCAAGAACCUGCCCUACUGGUUAGCGAUGGUAUCAACCGCGUUGCCCACCAGAUACGCCUCGUUGGCGCUAAACCAGUUGGUUAUCGACAUGCCCACCAUGUCGAAUCUACCUUACAAUGAAAGCUUCAGCUGCCCGGGCAUUCCUGAACUCUGCAGAUAUCCUGACGGCAAGACCUACCUGAUCGAGCGUUUCACCAGAGAGGGUGAAAACAUCUCCGAAGUGUUGAACGUGGACUUGAAUUUAUUGAUUUCUCUGGCAUUCGCCGUCGGUCUCAUCAUAUUGAAUAGCGUGUUGUAUUUGUUACCGUUACCCGCCAGAGUGAAGGCUAAGUUCAGGGAAUAAUGACUCGUGAAGUGCAUGUUCAUCGUUAAGCUCUAAAAAAUACGACUAUCGCGUUGCAUUUCUUACCUGAUUUCAAAUUUUAAUGUAUAUAAAUUUUAUUGUAGAUAUAUAUAUAUAUAUAUAUUGCGAAGUUAAUAUAGAUUAAGAAGAAAACGCAGGCUGAAAAUAUUAAAAAGUUUUAUUUUAUAGCAUAUAUUACAAAAUCGUUUCAUUCAUCACUGUAGCGUUUAUAAUCAUCGCGUGUAUAACAUGAUUUCACUUUUUCGCAAUCGUGACACACGCCAUAAAAUCUGAACGUUUUAGCAACCAUGUGUAAAAACAUUUGUACACUUAGAAAACACAUUUAUAUGCAUCGUGCACAACGCUAUUAAAAUAACGCAUGCCUAUUAUAUAGACCAACUUCUCUCGUGUACGGCGGUUUAGUUUAAUUUUUAUGUUACAAUAUAUUGCACAAAGUAUGAAUGUCUAUUGACAAUAUUAUGCAAAUUAAAAUUGCUGGCAAUUAA